AUGAGCGGCGCCGCGUCUCCCUCCACCUCUCCGGCGCCGGCGAGGCCUCCCGCCAUGCGCCGCCUGUCCAGGCUCCGCCGCGCCGGCGGCGCGAUCGCCGCCGCCGCACCGGGAGGCUUCCUCCACCUCUCCCUCCUCGCAUCGCUCCGCCGCCGGCCCUCCCUCCCGGCGCACGCGCAGCUCCUCCUCCUCGGCCUCCCGCUCCCCGCCCACGCCGCCUCCCGCCUCCUCCGCCCGCACCUCCGCUCGGGCCACCAUCUCGCCUCGCUCCGCCUCUUCCUCCGGAUCCUACGCGACCGCGACAGAGAACCUCCCGUCGACACAGAGACCGUUCCAAACUCCCACUCCCUCUCCGCCGCCCUCGCCGCCUGCUCCCGCCACGCGACCCCCGCGCCCGGGCUCUCCACCCACGCCUUCCUCAUCAAGUCAGGCCACGCCUCCGACCUCUUCGCCGCCAACUCGCUGCUCCACUUCUACGGAUCAUUCGGUCUACCCGCCCUCGCGCGCAGGCUGUUCGACGAAAUGCCAGUCAGGGACACUGUAUCCUUCAACACUCUGAUCGACUCAUAUGUCAAGUCCUUCUGCAUCGACGAUGCUUUCGCGGCAUUCGGUAUGAUGCUGGACAGAGGGUUCCGGCUGGAUAGGUGGACUGUCACAGCAUUGUCGAGCGCGUGUGCCGGACUGAUGGACUUGAGGGUGGCUAAAGCGGUGCACGGAGUUGCCAGGAGAGCGCUUGCCACCAAGGUGUUUCAUUCACAGGAGGUGGUGAUCGGGCUGGUGGACAUGUAUUUGCAGUGCGGGGGGCUGGCACUUGCUAGGAAGGUGUUUGAUUUGGCAGGGGAGAAGGCCAGGGAUGUGAGGUUAUGGAGCAUGAUGGUGUCAGGGUACGCAAGGUCCGGGGAGGUUAACAUGGCUAGAAAGUUAUUUGAUGAGACGCCUAAGAAGGAUCUGGUCGCGUGGACGGCUCUUAUUGGUGGAUAUGUGCAGGCGGGCAGGUACAAGGAGGCAUUGCUGUUAUUUGAGGAGAUGGAGGAGGCAGGGUUUGAGGCGGAUCAAGUCACGGUAGGUACACUGGUUUCAGCUUGUGUUCAGUGUGGUACGAUCGAUGUGGCAAAGAGGCUUCAUCACCGUGUGAGGCGUAAUGGGCUGAUUAGCAGAGAUGCAAGGCUCGCUACAUGCUUUGUGGACAUGUAUGCGAAGCAUGGGUGCAUACAGACUGCUAUGGAUGUGUUUUGUGGUGUCGGUGACGAGCUUAAGACCGUGGAGUUGUUCAAUGCUAUGAUAAAUGGACUUGCUCAUGGCAGCUUUGGUGAGAAAGCCGUUGCUCUUUUUGAUGAAAUGGGGUCGCUUGAGCUCCAUCCUGAUAAGAUCACGUUCAUGGCAGUCCUGUGUGCGUGCAGCCGCAGUGGCUUGGUGUCACGAGGGAUUGAAAUAUUUGAUUCAAUGGUAGACAAGUAUGGAGUCGAACAAGACAUUAAGCAUUAUGCUUGCAUGUCUGAAAUCCUUGCAAGAGAUGGACGGCUUGACGAUGCUUACCGUUUCAUCCAGAACAUGCCUUUCGAAGCAAAUAAGGUUGUGUGGUCAGCUCUUCUCAGAGCAUGUAGGAUCCAUGGAAAUAUUAAGAUUGGAAAACUUGCAGAAGGGAAACUUCUUCAGUUUGAUGAUCAUAGCCGCAAGCCAGAAAACAUCCUCUUGUCUGACUUAUUUGCAGAUGGAAAGAGAAAAGAGAGGGCUGCAAGGGUGAGAAAGGCUAUAAACCACAAACCUGAGCACAGGCAACCAAAACGUAGCUAUAUAGAGUGGAACGGUAAGCUUCAUCAAUUUGGAACUACCACUGAUACUUCCCACCCACAGGCCAAGGAAAUUAGUUUGAUCCUUGAAGAGAUGUCGAGGAAGUUGUGCAUUUUAGGACACAAUUUGAGUAGUAAGGGCGAGACUGCUUACCAUAGUGAGAUGGUCGCUCUAGCAUUUGGGUUGGUAAAUUUAGUCCAAGACCCUCAAACCCCAAUAAAAAUUGUCAGUAAGCGUCGGAUGGAUGUUUCUUGCCAUUCUUCUUUCAAGUAUCUGUCAAAGAUUUACAACAGAGAUAUUUGUGUGAAUGAUGGGAUCAGGCUCCAUAAAAUGAAGCAAGGGUCAUGCUCUUGCAUGGACCACUGGUGAUGAUGUGAUAUAAGUAAGAUACUCACACUCUUCCUGGUGAACUGAAGUAUCAAGAAAGCUUAAAACAAGGUAUAUGUGAUCAUGGGAAAGGAACACCACAAGGACGAUGCGUCAAAUACUUGUGUUCUUAAGGUCAUCAUGCACUGCCAGUGCAAUGGUUGCAUCAAGAAGAUCAAUGAUGGGGUAAGAGAGAUCGCCCUUUCAGAAGGGGUGGAGAGGGCUGAUCUGGUGGUAGAGACAGCAGAGGUGAUAGUUGUCGGCAGAAUGGACCCAGAGAAGCUCUGCUGUUUGUUGCAUGAGCUAACACAGAAGCAUGUGAAGAUUGAAACCCAAACAACCGUUUCCGAAAAAGAUACUGCAGCAUCUCAGCAAACCAAGAACGGGGUUAGCCAGGAUCCGGAGAGCCCAGGAAGACGGCAAAAUGGCAUCGGUGCCUUCCCCGUGAUGCCAAGCGCCCCGCCACUGCCGGAGACGUGGAGGAGCCCGGGCGUGCCUUCUGGGCGAUGCGCGUUCGCUGGUCAGCGCCUUGUCCCGGCGAGCUCGGCGUGUGGGCCGCAUCCGACGUGACUGGCACACUGGCAGCCUAUGAGCUCUGAAUGCGGAGCCACCAGAUGCUGCAAUCCAUCGUCAACUUCAUGCUAGAUCACCAUUGUUCCUUGUUCUAGUUUAGCGAGGUCCCGGUUUGGAGCAUUUGUCAGUUGUCAUCCCCUAUGACUGGCAAGGGUACUAACCUAAGAUGAGCGGAGGGCACGUUCUGCUUUGCUUCUUUGUGAUGUUCUGUAUGAUCACGAGUACUGUAUCAACGUUUAUUAGAAGUUUAGGAAUAGACUAGUAAAAGUGCCCAUGCCUUGCACCGGGACUCGGGGAGUUACAAAAUCAACAUUUGUUUGGAUGAAGAAUGUCGGCACGAUUCAAGUUUUGCCCUAAUUCAGAUGAGUCGCAUAACCCCUAGGCUUAAUUUGCCCUUUAAUAUAAAAAUAUUUAUUUUUCA